CUGACGCCAUCCCGAAGCCUCUUUGGCGGAAAGCUGCCAUUGUUCGUACACCAAGCCGAAGGGUAGUUGGCGAUGUAUUUUGGUUGCUGAGUGUGCAUUCGUGUACGAGAAAUAACAUUCCAUCGCGCAUUUGGUAUUUUGACUAAGUCUGUUGUUCUAGACGAUGGUGAAGAUGGAGCACGAGCAGGAUGGAAGACCAGAACCUGAACCAAUGAGGAAGUUGUUUAUAGGUGGUCUGAACUAUAAGACCACAGAUGAAUCAUUGAAGAAACACUUUGAACAAUGGGGAGACAUUGUUGAUGUUGUUGUUAUGAAAGAUCCAGUUACCAAAAGGUCUCGGGGAUUUGGAUUCAUCACCUAUUCAAGGGCAUCUAUGGUUGACCAAGCUCAAGCAGCUAGACCUCACAAGAUUGAUGGGAGAACUGUGGAAACAAAGCGAGCUAUCUCUCGCCAGGAUGUUGGAAGACCUGAAGCAAGUGCUACAGUUCAGAAAUUGUUCGUGGGUGGUUUGAAAGAUGACAUUGAAGAAGAUGAUCUCAAAGAGUACUUCAAGACAUUUGGCAAGAUUGUCUCUGUGGCAAUUGUUGUUGACAAAGAGACCCGCAAGAAGCGAGGCUUUGCUUUUGUAGAGUUUGAUGACUAUGACCCAGUUGACAAAAUAUGCAUGCAACGUACCCAUGAAGUCAAAGGGAAGAAAGUCGAUGUGAAGAAGGCUCUGAAGAAAGAUGCAGUAAGAGGUGGUGGAGCUGGUGGCAGGGAUGUGCGAGGUGGUGGCAGCUCGGGGCCGUGGGGCAGUCGAGGAGGAACCAGCGACUGGGGUGGACGUGGCGGAGGAUGGGGAGGUGACUAUGGUGGCAUUGAUCCUUGGGAGAAAGGUGGCUGGGGCGGUGGAGCUAGUGCUGGUGGUGGCAGCUGGGCUGGAGACACAGGUUUUGGUGGCAGUUACCAACAGAGCUACGGUGGUGGCCCAGUCAGAGGUGGCAGCAACUAUGGAGCUGGUGGAGGCUAUGGUGGCGGCAGCCGUGCAACACCGUACUCCGGAGGAGGUGGAGGCUAUGGAGGUGGUGGCUAUGGUGGUCGACGUUACUAAUAAACCUGAGCCAGAGGCUCGAACCACCGCUCACCUUAGGAUAGCUGACAGACAGGGUCAUUGCCGGAGUCUAGGGUUCUGCAAGUAUCAUCUCUCAGAAGGUUGCCCUAGUGUUUGGCCGAACGAGAAAAUGAACUGCGGUGGUUUUUUCCUUAUUGUAUUCAUAACAGUGGGAGUAGGGAAGGACGUCCCACAGAGUUCAUUUUUUUUAUCUGCAUUUUAUAUUUGUCAGCCAGUUUCACUUGCUUUGUGUGUGUAUGUCACUAUCAAUUUGUGUUUUAGUGGAAACUGUAUACAAAUGUUUGUUCUUAAAUAUGUAGACUUCAAGAAUCUUUGCCAUUUGUUAGAAUAAAGGGACUACAAAUUUUAAAUAAAUAUGAAUCACUUUUA